UUUAACUGAUUUAUACAUAAACGCUUCCACUUUCCCAGGCAAAGCUAUGACAUGCCAAAAACAUACCAUUCCGGAUUCCUCAUCUCAUUAAACAGUGGACUUAAGAAAGAUUUCAGCCGUGAUUUGAAGACAUUGAUAUCUGAUUGAGGGAAUAUUUAAAGGAAGAAAUGAGACAUCCUGCCUUCUGCGCAAAGGCAUUCGAUUUCAAUUCACCAAGGAUAUUAUAGUGUAGAAAGUAAAGGGAGACACGCUGUAAACAUCAUACCGGAGAAACACAUGUUAUUCUUAUUUAUGGAUAAAGGUUAAUCGGGGAGAAUAUUCCAAUGAUUCAUAAUAACUGGAAAGAUGAAGAGUGUGUAAUAAAUUUCAGCAGAAUCUUCUCUAUGUCUGCGAUAGCAGAUGCAAUCUAUUUUUUGCUUGUGUGAAGUGGAAAAUCUACAGUCACCUGUCAUUUUAUGGAAUCUUACCUUUCACCAUUGUUUACUUGGAAGCUGUUUAGGCUAAUGUGUGUUUUGAGUCUACUUUGUAGAAACAUUUGUUGUCUGGAGUGUUGGAAAUGUAUAGGGGAGGAAUGUGGUGGUGAAGAAUUCGAAGAAUAUUCACAGAAAGUUACCUGCGGCAAGGGAAAUUCUUGUAUGAAAAUUGUGUAUGAAAUGAUAGACUACUCAUCAAAUGCAAAGUACGAAUCUGUUGUGAGGACGUGUUCGAAAAGUCCCUGUGUCCCAGUCACUAAAGAGACAUUUAAUGCAUGUCGAAGGAAAAUUCGAUCUUACAGAUAUUAUGGAUGUUCAAUACGAUCAUGUUGUAUAUCGGAUUUAUGUAACGCUGCUGUCGGAGUGUUUAGUUGGAAUCCCACAAUUUACUUCUAUAUGUUAACAAUGUUGGUUUUGCUUUGUAGAAUGUGAACUAUAAUGUAAGUAUUAAUUACUCUUU